AGAUACGCUAGCUUCGUUUACCUGCCGUCCAUCUGACAGAGAAUCUAGCCCGGAGUUCCCCAGCACUGAUGGUGAAUAGCCACAGCUGCGGUAACGGGCGGAGGAGAAGAAGCCGCAGAAGGAGAGUCAGCAGUGGCAGAGGAGUGGUAGAUCGGAGUUCGUCUUGUAGAUUUAACAGUAUUACUUGUAUAUUCGGACAUCUAUAAAAACACAUAGAAGGGAAGGGGGAAAAAAUAAAGAAAGAUGGCGGCCGCGGCCUCGCCGGGCUCCGGCUCGUCCACCUCCUCAGACUGGAUUGUACUGAGAGACGGUUGCCUGCGUUGCGACGAGGAGGGCCUGCGAAGCCUUUCCUACCACCCGGCCCUCAACGCUAUCCUGGCUGUUACCAGCCGGGGCAGCAUCAAAGUAAUCGACGGCACUUCUGGGGCAAUUCUUCAGGCUUCUGCCUUACAUGCUAAACCUGGGUGUCGUGUCAGGUGUCAGUACUUCCCUGCAGUGGACAAGGUGCUUUUUGUGGAUGAUUACGUGGUGGGAUGCAGGAAGGACCUAAACGGCAUCCUGCUCCUGGACACAGCCCUCCAACCUCCCGUGGCCAAGCCUGAGGAUAUGGUUCAGCUGGAGCUGCCCGUCACAGAGGCCCAGCAAAUGCUAUCGGCCUGUCAGGAGAAGAUUGAUGUGUCCAACACAGAAGGCUACGACCUGUUCAUCACCCAGCUCAAAGAGGGCCUGAAGAAUACCUCACAUGAGACAGCAGCCAAUCACAAAGUGGCCAAGUGGGCAACGGUAACCUUCCAUCUGCCCCACCAUGUGCUGAAGCUGGUGGCCAGCGCCAUCGUCAAUGAGCUGAAGAAAAUCAAUCAGAACGUGGCUGCCUUGUCUGUGGCCUCGUCCAUCAUGGACAGGCUCUCCUACCUCUUGUCAAGCGCCAGGCCUGAGCUGGGGGUGGGCCCUGGGCGCUCAGUAGAUAGGUCAUUGAUGUACAGCGAGGCCAACAGGAGGGAGACAUUCACAUCGUGGCCUCAUGCUGGCUACAGGUGGGCUCAGCCUGACCCAAUGGCCCAAGCAGGAUUUUACCACCAGCCUGCAUCUACAGGUGAUGACAGAGCCAUGUGUUUCACCUGCAGCGUCUGUCUGGUCUGUUGGGAGCCUACAGAUGAGCCAUGGUCUGAACAUGAGCGACAUUCCCCCAACUGUCCAUUUGUGAAGGGUGAGCACACUCAGAAUGUGCCGCUGUCCGUGACUCUGGCCACCAGCCCGGCCCAAUUUCCCAGCAGCCCCGACAGUUCAGAUAAGAUCGCCUGCUAUGGCUUUGGCAGCUGCCCCCACUUCCUGGCUGCCGCCACCAAGAGGGGAAAGAUCUGCAUCUGGGAUGUCUCCAAGAUGAUGAAGGUUCACUUGAAGUUUGAGAUCAACCCGUACGACCCUGCCAUCCUGAAGCAGCUGAUUCUGUGUGGCGGGGAGCAGAACCAGCAGGCGCUGACUGAGUCCCGGAGACCAACUCUGGCCUGGCUGGAGGAAUCCUCCUCCUGCUCGGAUCUCCCCAAGCUUGAGGGAGACAGCGAUGACCAGUUAGAGGACUCAGACAGCGAUGAGCAUUCCAGAUCAGAGUCAGUAACAGGUCAGCCGUCCCAGCGGGAAAGCAUGGAGGUGAGCCUCGGGGUGACAGCUCUCAGUGUGCUGCAGCAGCCAGAGAAGCUCCAGUGGGAAGUGGUGGCCAGUGUGCUUGAGGACACUGUCAAGGACCUGGAGGAGCUGGGGGCCAACCCUUCAUUGGCCCAAGCCAAGGCCCAUGGCCAGGACAAGGCCAAGGACAAGGUCCCUGACCACCACAACAUUCCCUUUCCCUGUCUGUUGGCUGGAGGCUUGCUCAGCUACCGCUCAGCAGCCAGUUCACCCCUGGCUGGACCCCCACCGACAAGCGCAGCACUGGGACGCAGGACGAUGGAUAGUCCCUGUAGGACUCAGGGCCCUGAGCCCUUCCAUACCGGGCCCCUACAGGACCAGGGACCCAUGGAGAUAGAGACCUGCAACCCAACAACAGCAGCCCAGGAGCUGGGCUUCUCCAACUUAGUAGGGCCCCUACCUCCGAGCCCUUCCUCCAUGCUGGCUGUGCGCAGGACUAUCCCCGUGCUGCUGCUGUACAGCAUCAAGGAGGUGGAUGACAAGUCAUCAGGGAAGGUGUUUACUCAAAUGAACAACCUAAUGAGCAAGGGGCUCCACGAGGAGGGCUUCACUGUGCCACAAAUCAUAGAGAUGGAAUUUGAUACACACGAGCAGCUGCUCCUUCAGGACCCACCCAUCACCUAUAUUCAGCAGUUUGCUGAUGCAGCGGCUAACCUGGCAGGGCUGGAUGGCCAUGUGGACAAAUGGAGCACACUGGCUGCUGCCACUGUCUCCAGUCCGCCUCGACCUGGAGCCCUGGUACAGUGCUUGAGACUGCCCAAACACCUGGAAGAGGAGAAUCUUUAUGUGGACUCUAUCACGCCCUGCUGGGAUGGUGUGCAUCUUUUGGUGGGGCUACAACCAUGUGGCGUUGAAUCUCUCAGCGCUAUAAACCAAGUAGAGGCUCUCAACAACCUUAACCGCCUGCAUUCUGCCCUCUGCAGUCAGCGCAAAGGUGACCCCCUCCACCCAAUACCUAAUGGGGUGGAAGCCCAUCAUCCUGGGGGCUCACCCCCCCAGACACCCCUCAUCCUGCCUCCAGGUGACCAACAGCAGCAGCAGCGAUCCCUGGGUAGUGGGAGUGGAGGAGGUUAUCUUGCAAUCUACAAACUUAACUACUCCACCCGCAUUGUUACCUUGGACGAGGAACCUGUCAAGGUGCAGCACAUCCGGGACCCUCGUGAUGCCAUCACCUCACUCAUAUUACUUCCUCCAGAUGUGCUGGAUGGCAGGGAGGAUGACAGUGAGGAAGCCCCUGAGGAUGCUCUCCCUCCUGGUCCAAAAAAUGGCUUAUCUGGCUUUGGGACGAGCUCUGCAGGAUGUGCUGGGUCUGGAACGGGGACUGUGUGUGGAGCAGCCACAACCGGCACCAGCACCACUGUCAUUACUCCUUCCACCACCACUUCAAGCCCCAAAGAGGCCAAACGGCUGGAGGUGUCCGGCUUGGGCCACUUAGUGGUGACUACCCAGGCUGGGUACAUUAUGAUCCUGGACCUGUCCACCUUGGAAGUCCUGGCCAAGGUGGAGCCACCCAAGAGGGAGGGUUCAGCAGAGGAGACAGAUCCCUUUGUCUCGGUCACCUAUUGCUCUGGGACGGACCGCCUGUGUGCCUGCACAAAAGGUGGAGAACUUCAUUUCCUUCAAAUUGGAGGUGUGUGUGAUGAUAUAGAUGAUGGCGACAUGUUCGUCGACGGGCCCCUUGCUAAAGGGACUGAACAGCUGCUGGAGGGGGCCAAACCCUGCUCCAACCCUUCCAGCCCUGGGAUCACAGGAGUGGACCUCCUGGUGGACCAAACAUUGACCACAGAGAGCCUGACGUCGCUGGUGGAGCUUACUCGCUUUGAGACUCUAACGCCACGCUUCUCGGCCACUGUUCCGCCUUGCUGGGUGGAGGUACAGCAAGAGCAGCAGCAGCGACGCCACCCUCAGCACCUUCACCAGCAGCAUCAUGGAGAUGCAGCCCAACACACCCGCACCUGGAAGCUCCAAAGUGAUAGCUCAAGUUGGGACGAACAUGUCUUUGAACUGGUGCUGCCCAAGGCCUGCAUGGUGGGCCACGUGGACUUCAAGUUUGUCAUGAAUGCCAACAUCACCAACAUUCCUCAGAUCCAGGUCACCCUGCUAAAGAACAAAGCCCCUGGGCUGGGCAAAGUCAGUGAGACGGCAGUGGACAGACAGAUCUCCUUCCCCUUGUCCCAUGUCCUCCAUGCCAACGGUGAAAGAAAUGGCCAGCCCCUUCUGCAAGACUUUACAGAGGAUAUCCAGUUCAUGGACAUAGAGGAGACAUCAGGCUCCAUGCUAUGUCCAUUCCUAGAGGACCAUAAGGAGGACAUCCUGUGUGGCCCGGUUUGGCUGGCUAGUGGCCUUGAUCUCUCUGGCCAUGCUGGUAUGCUCAGCCUCACUAGCCCCAAGCUGGUAAAAGGCAUGGCAGGAGGGAAAUACCGCUCCUUCCUGGUUCACAUCAAGGCGGUGAGUGACAAGGGAAUGGAGGAGAGUCCACGACCGGUGGUGCGAAUGCCUAGUGCCAAACCCCAGGGCACUAAGGCCCAUUCGCUCUCCACCCUGCUGCAACGGGCACAGGCCUCCAAGGAGAAAGCCUCAACAUCAAAAGCUGAGCCGCCAACUCCUUCAAAGAAACUUGAAAACUUGCGUGGCUGUGACCUGCUGCAGGAAGUUUCGGUCACAAUCAGAAGGUUCAAGAAGACGUCAAUACCCAAAGAAAGAGUCCAGCGCUGUGCCAUGCUGCAGUUCCCAGAUUUCCAUGAGAAGCUACUGAAUGCUCUGUGUCGUCGGGUGGAGGAUGGCCCCACCACUGAGCAUGCUCAGAGCCUCAUUCUGGACAUCUUGUGCUGGCUGGCUGGGGUUUUCUCCAGUGGACCCUGCAGCCUGAGAGAAGGAAAGGAGGGUUUGCUGGCAAAAACACGGAAGAGGCUGACAGACAUUGUGCGGGUUUGUUUCUUCGAGGCUGGCAGGAGUAUAGCCCACAAAUGUGCCCGCUUUCUUGCACUUUGUAUUAGUAAUGGGAAAGGGGACCCAAGUCAGCAGGGAUUUGGCAUGGGUCUUCUGAAGGCUCUGCUGGACAAUAUGCCUUAUUUACCUGCAGCAGCAACAGGUGGUUCGGUAUUCUGGUACUUUGUGUUGCUGAACUAUGUGAAAGAGGAGGACUUGGCGGGCUGCAGUACUGCCUGCGCCUCCCUGCUCACUGCUGUGUCCCGCCAGUUGCAGGACCGCCUCACUCCACUAGAGGCACUGCUCCAGACCAGGUAUGGUCUGUAUAGCUCUCCAUUUGACCCGGUGCUGUUUGACCUGGAGGUCAGCGGUUCCUCCUGUAAGAAUGCCUUCAACAGCAGCAUCGGAGUCCAGUCAGAUGAGAUUGACCUCUCUGAUAUUCUCUCAGGGAAUGGAAAGGUGAGCAGCUGUGCGGCGGCAGAGGGCAGCUUCACGGCACUGACUGGGCUCUUGGAGGUUGAGCCCUUGCACUUUACUUGUAUCUCCACUAGUGACGGCACACGUGUUGAGCGUGACGACGCCAGCAUGUUCACUGUAAGUACUUUUGGCGUGACCCCUGCGGUGGGCGGCCUGUCGACAGGCACGGUGGGUGAGGCGUCCACGGCAUUGAGCUCGGCGGCCCAGGUGGCGCUCCAGUCACUAUCCCAUGCCAUGGUGUCAGCAGAGCAGCAGCUCCAGGUCCUGCAGGAGAAACAGCAGCAGCUGCUCAAACUCCAGCAGCAGAAGGCCAAAUUGGAGGCCAAGUUGCAUCAGACCACCUCAGCGGCCGCUGCUGCUGCCUCUGGCGUGGGACCCAUCCACAACUCAGUGCCUUCCAACCCCUCCUCGGCCCCAGGCUUCUUCAUUCAUCCUUCUGACGUCAUUCCCCCGACGCCCAAGACCACACCUCUCUUCAUGACGCCUCCCCUCACACCUCCCAAUGAGGCUGUAUCAGCAGCCUUCAGUGCUGAGCUUGCCCACCUUUUCCCUGGCUCCAUGAUGGAACCCGGGCCUGUCAACCUGGUUGCACACAACAAGAACAGCCAGAAAGCCAAGCCGAGCCCUAUGGGAAGUGGUCUGGCACUGGCCAUUUCCCAAGCUUCUCACUUCCUGCAGCCUCCUCCACACCAGUCCAUCAUCAUAGAGCGGAUGCACUCUGGAGCUCGACGGUUUGUGACACUAGAUUUUGGACGUCCUGUGCUGCUGACAGAUGCCCUGAUCCCAACCUGCGGUGACCUGGCCUCUCUGUCCAUAGACAUCUGGACGCUGGGUGAAGAGGUAGAUGGUCGCAGGCUGGUGGUGGCGACCGACAUCAGCACCCACUCCCUCAUUCUGCAUGAUCUGCUGCCACCGCCUGUCUGCAGGUUCAUGAAGAUUACUGUGAUUGGGCGCUAUGGGAGCACCAAUGCACGGGCAAAGAUCCCAUUGGGCUUCUACUAUGGCCACACCUACAUCUUGCCAUGGGAGAGCGAGCUUAAGUUGAUGCAUGAUCCGCUCAGGGGUGAGAGCGAGGCAGCCAGCCAGCCCGACGUGGACCAGCAUUUGGCCAUGAUGGUAGCGCUACAGGAGGACAUACAAUGCAGGUACAAUCUAGCUUGCCACCGACUUGAAACCCUUCUCCAGAACAUCGACCUGCCGCCACUCAACAGCGCCAACAAUGCCCAGUACUUCCUGCGCAAGCCUGACAAGGCAGUGGAAGAGGACCAGCGUGUCUUCUCGGCCUAUCAGGACUGCAUUCAGCUGCAGCUACAGCUUAACCUGGCCCACCAUGCCGUCCAGAGGCUCCGCGUGUCACUGGGUGCUGGCCGUAAGGCGCUUCCUGACGCUGGAGCUCCAGAGGCCCGGGAGCUGAUCCACAACUCCUCCACAGAGCAGCUGAGGACCGUCAUCCGCUACCUGCUGGACACACUGCUGAGCCUGCUGCACUCUAACAAUGGCCACUCAGUGCCCUCAGUACUCCAGAGUACAUUCCAUGCCCAGGCUUGUGAGGAGCUCUUUAAGCACCUUUGCAUCAGUGGGACACCAAAGAUCCGCCUGCAUGCCGGCUUGCUGUUGGUGCAGCUUUGUGGAGGCGAGCGCUGGUGGGGUCAGUUCCUCUCUAAUGUCCUGCAGGAGCUCUACAACUCUGAACAGCUGCUCAUCUUCCCCCAGGACAGGGUUUUCAUGCUCCUGUCCUGCAUUGGACAAAGAUCCCUGAGCAACAGUGGUGUUUUAGAGGGCCUUCUAAACCUCCUGGACAGCCUGUUGUCCCCACUACAACAACCACUUGUUGCCACCCAGCGCCGCACUGAAGGUGUACUGGACAUCCCCAUGAUCAGCUGGGUGGUGAUGCUGGUUUCCAGACUAUUGGACUAUGUGGCCAGCAUAGAAGACGAGGCCUCAGGUGGAAAGAAACACCUUGGCGGGAAGGAUCGGGAGAGGACCUUCACAGGCAAUCAGUGGAGCUUUAUUAAUAAUAGCCUUCAGUCUCAGAACUCCAGCAGAUCAACCAAAGGCAACAGCAGUUUGGACCGACUUUACUCCCGCAAGAUUCGCAAGCAGCUUGUCCACCACAAGCAGCAGUUAAAUCUAUUAAAAGCAAAACAGAAGGCUUUGGUGGAGCAGAUCGAGAAGGAGAAGAUCCAGAGCAACAAAGGCUCCUCUUACAAACUGCUGGUGGAGCAGGCCAAGCUCAAGCAGGCCACAUCCAAGCACUUUAAGGAUCUGAUUCGUCUGCGGCGCACAGCUGAAUGGCCACGCUCCACACUGGACACUGAGGCCACAACAACCAAGGAGGCCCCAGAGGUGGAGCCUCUGCCCUUCACACUGGCCCACGAGCGCUGCAUCUCUGUGGUUCAGAAGCUGGCCCUCUUUCUGCUCUCCAUGGACUUCACAUGCCACGCUGAUCUCCUUCUCUUUGUGUGCAAGGUCCUUGCCAGGAUAGCCAAUGCUACGCGUCCCACAAUCCACCUGUGUGAGAUCGUGUCUGAGCAACAGCUGGAGCGCCUGCUGCUCCUUCUAGUGGGGACAGAUUUCAACAGGGGGGAUAUCUCAUGGGGUGGUGCCUGGGCACAGUACUCCCUCACUUGCAUGCUGCAGGACAUCCUGGCAGGUGAGCUGCUUUCACCUGUCUCUCUGGAUGUCAUGGAUGAGGUGGCGGCAGGUGAGGAGGCUGGGGCGUCCUCCUCGUCAGCAGGGGCUGACUCCGAUGACUCCAUGCCCCAGCCAGCACCCAUCCCCCUGGUGGAGAGCAUUGACGAGGCCCUGGCGCCUGAUAUCAUCGCAGGUACUCCUGGUACCUCCUCUGUUUUCCAAAGUGCUCCACCUCUGUCAUCUUUGGAAAAAGAUAAAGACAUAGACUUUGACUUGCUACAAGACCUGAUGGAUGUUGAUAUUGAUCCUCUAGAUAUUGAUUUGGAAAAAGAUCCACUCGCCGCCAAAGUUUUUAAGCCUAUAAGCAGCACCUGGUAUGAUUACUGGGGUGCUGACUAUGGCACAUACGGAUACAACCCUUACAUAGGCGGGGUUGGUAUCCCAGUGUCAAAACCUCCAGCUGCUGCCGAAAAGCCUGGCUCGCAGGGUCUGUCAGUGUCCGUGUCACAAGCACUGGACGCUCGCCUCGAAGUGGGCCUGGAGCAACAGGCUGAGCUGAUGCUCAAAAUGAUGGCCACCCUCCAGGCUGACUCCAUUCUACAGGCCCUCACCUCCACUUCACCUACAGUCUCGUCUCCACCUGCCUUCCCAGUGACCCAGGCCUCUAAUGGGACUGAUGACUCCUUGUUGAGGGGGCUACAUGGAGGCGGCUCCCCUCCAGGCAGUACCCUGAUGGUCCAGGCCUCCUCCAUUCCCAUGCUGAGCGCCUGCUUCAACAAGCUUUUCUCCAUGCUCCAGGUCCACCAUGUCCAGCUUGGUAUUUGGGAAACAGUGGAGCUGGAGUCCCUGCUCCAGCUGUGGUUGACCCUCAGUCUCAACUCAUGUUCCGGCGGCAGUGAAGAGAGUGGAUCAGACAUCUUCCUGUUCAACGCCAGCCGAGUCCCCACCAUCCCGCUCAACCAAGCCUCCAUCAGCAGUUUCCUAACAGUGUUGGCAUGGUACCCAAACACCUCCCUGAGAACCUGGUGUCUGGUUUUGCACUCUCUCACCCUGAUGACUAACAUGCCAGCCUGUGCUUCUGGCAGUGGGAUGAACAGUCAAGAAAGCACUGCACAGCAGAUGGUGUCUGAUCCCACGCUUGUGCACGUCCUGGUGCGCUUCCUGUCUGGCAGCAGCACCCAUGGGACCAGCCAGCACAGCUCUCAGGUGGGACCCACUGCCACCCAGGCCAUGCAGGAGUUUCUGACCCGCCUGCAGGUCCACCUGUCGUCCACCUGCCCACAGAUGUUCAGCGAGUUCUUGCUGAAACUCAUGCACAUCCUGUCAACUGAGAGGGGUCCAUUCCAGUCAGGCCAGGGUCCGCUGGACGCUCAGGUGAAGCUGCUGGAAUUCACCCUGGAGCAGAACUUUGAAGUGGUGUCGGUUAGCACCAUCUCCUCUGUCAUCGAGUCCAUCACCUUCCUGGUUCACCAUUACAUCACCUGCUCUGAUAAGGUGGUGUCACGCAGUGGCUCAGACAGCUCUGUGGGCGCCCGGGCAUGUUUCGGUGGCCUCUUUGCCAACAUCAUCCGGCCAGGAGAUGCCAAGGCUGUCUGUGGAGAGACCACACGUGACCAGCUAAUGUUUGACCUUCUUAAGCUGGUCAAUGUCCUGGUGCAGCUCCCUUUGUCCGGGGACAGGGAGUUCAGUGGACGUCUGCCGCCGGCUGGCAGCGGGACAGCUGAUAGCAGUGUCUCAGACGAGGAGAAAGUAUGUGGCAGCAAAGAGGGUAUGAUGGGAGGAUCCAUGUCCAGUCAGGGCCCAGCAGCAGGUGUGGCCGAUCUGGUCCUUGCCAACCAGCAGAUAAUGAGCCAGAUCUUGUCGGCACUAGGCCAGUGCAACAGCAGUGCCAUGGCCAUGAUUAUCGGAGCCAGUGGUCUCCAUCUGACGAAGCACGAGAACUUCCACGGUGGUCUAGAUGCCAUCUCAGUGGGCGACGGCCUUUUUACCAUCCUCACCACCCUCAGCAAGAGGGCCACCUCGGUCCAGGUCAUGUUACAGCCCAUCCUCACAUAUAUGGCCUGUGGAUACAUGGGUAGACAGGGCUCUCUUUCUACAUGUCAGCUGUCUGAACCUCUACUGUGGUUCAUUCUCAGAGUUCUCGACACCAGCGAGGCUCUUAAGGCAUUCCACGACAUGGGUGGUGUACAGUUAAUCUGUAACAACAUGGUGACCAGCACUCGGGCCAUUGUGAACACAGCACGCAGCAUGGUUUCCACCAUAAUGAAGUUCUUGGAUUCAGGUCCUGGAAAGGCAGCGGAUGGCAGCCUCAAAGCCCGUGUUAUGACCUCAGAGCCCGACAAUGCAGAGGGACUCCACAACUUUGCCCCUUUAGGAACCAUCACUUCAAGUAGUCCAACGGCCCAGCCAGCAGAGGUCCUGCUCCAGGCCACCCCACCUCACCGCCGAGCCCGCUCGGCAGCCUGGUCUUACAUCUUCCUGCCAGAGGAGGCUUGGUGCGACCUCACCAUCCACCUUCCUGCUGCUGUAUUGCUGAAAGAGCUCCAUAUCCAGCCACACCUCGCCUCUCUGGCCACCUGUCCGUCCUCGGUCUCAGUGGAAAUCAGCGCUGAUGGUGUCAAUAUGCUGCCGCUCUCCACGCCGGUCAUCACCAGUGGUCUCACAUACAUAAAGAUCCAGCUGGUGAAGGCGGAAGUGGCGUCGGCCGUGUGUCUGAGGCUGCACCGGCCUCGUGAUGCCAGCACCCUUGGCCUGUCUCAGAUCAAACUCCUGGGGCUGACAGCAUUUGGCAACACCUCCUCUGCCACCGUCAACAACCCUUUCCUUCCCUCUGAGGACCAGGUCUCCAAAACUAGUAUUGGCUGGCUGCGCCUGCUUCACCACUGCCUCACCCAUGUCAGCGAUCUGGAGGCCAUGAUGGCCAGUGCUGCAGCACCCACCGCCAACCUGCUUCAGACCUGCGCCGCGCUGCUCAUGUCACCCUACUGUGGCAUGCACUCACCCAACAUUGAGGCUGUUCUGGUGAAGAUUGGCCUGCAGUCCACCCGCAUUGGACUGAAACUCAUCGACAUUCUGCUGAGGAACUGUGCUGCGUCUGGCACCGACCCUGCCAAUUUAAACAGUCCUCUGCUGUUUGGGCGACUAAAUGGCCUCUCGUCAGACUCCACCAUAGAUAUUCUCUACCAACUGGGCACCACACAGGAUCCUGGAACAAAAGACAGGAUCCAGGCUCUUCUCCAGUGGGUCCAUGAUUCAUCUCGGGUGGCAGCCCACAAGCGGAGCAACCCCGUUGGAUACAUUGGCGCCAGUGCAGCCUCCUCCUCUUCCUCUUCGAGGGAGUACGGGCUCCUCAUGCCCUCACCCUCCCACCUCCACUGUGUGGCGGCUAUCUUGUGGCACAGCUAUGAGCUGCCCGUUGACUAUGACCUCCCUGUGUUGCUCAACAGAGAACUCUUUGAACUUCUGUACAACUGGUCAAUGUCGCUGCCCUGCAAUAUGGUGCUGAAAAAGGCUGUGGACAGUCUGCUGUGCUCCAUGUGCCACAUCCACCCCAGUUACUUUUCCCUGCUCAUGUCAUGGAUGGGCAUUGUCUCAGUGCCCACUGUCAGCCACUCACAGGCCCAGCACCACCGCCUGGCAAUGACUGAUGAUGGCAAGAAGCAGCACGAUGCCAACACAACUACAGCAGGGCUUACGGAUGACUCAAAGCACGCAAGACCUCCCAUUAAUUUGUCCGAGUCACAGCUAACCACCCUAGCAGCUGCUUCACAGUCUCCAGGAGCAAUAGAACAGCUGCUGGACUCUGGCUUGCCCUCACUUUUGGUGCGCAGCUUGGCCCAACUCUGUUGUGGCCUCCUGGCCAGUGCUGACCUCCCUCUGCCUGCUGCUCAGGCUGAGCGACGACAGCACCAUCACCAUUACCACUCAUCCUCCUCAUCCUCACACAGUCGGCCAUCUUUGUCGGCAGAGCUGGCGGCUCCAGUGCUGCGUUUCCUAACCGAGGUAGGGAACAGUCACGCUAUGAAAGACUGGCUGGGUGGACCAGAGGUCAACCCACUGUGGACAGCACUGCUUUUCCUGCUGUGUCACUCCAGUGCCAGCGCUGGUGGCAAUGCUGGUGCCCACACAGGUUCCCAUCCAGCAGGGCCCGGUGCCACGGCGUGCCCUCCUCAAUCUCAGCCUCAGCCCUCAGGGUCAAGAUACUCGUUGGCAUCAUCUGGACGGGCAGGAGGGCUCACCACGCAGCAGAGGACUGCUCUGGAAAAUGCUACUGUAGCCUUCUUCCUCCAGUGUAUUUCCUGCCACCCUAACAACCAGCGGCUUAUGGCACAGGUUCUCUGUGAGCUCUUUCAGUCAGCACCCCAGCGAGGCAAUGUUCCCAUCUCUGGGAACAUCUCGGGCUUCAUUCGAAGGCUUUUCCUGCAGCUCAUGCUUGAGGAUGAGAAAGUCACCGUCUUCCUACAGUCUCCAUGUCCGCUGUACAAAGGACGCAUCAAUGCCACCAGCCACGUGAUCCAGCAUCCCAUGUAUGGAGCCGGCCAUAAGUACCGAACCCUCCACCUGCCCAUCUCCACCACGUUAGCCGAGGUCCUGGACCGAGUAUCUGACACACCUAGCAUUACGGCCAAGCUGAUCAACGAGCAGAAAGAGGAUAAGGAGAAGAAAAAUCAUGAAGAGAAGGAGAAGAUGAAAGCUGACAGUGGUUUCCAGGACAACUAUAGUGUUGUCGUGGCCUCAGGCUUAAAGUCCCAGUCUAAGCGUGCCCUGUCUACCCCACCUCGACCUCCAUCCCGUAGGGGGCGGGUGAUGAGCGACAAGUUGACUGCUUCUUCUAGUGUGGACCCCUCUGCCAAAACCAUCAGUGUGCCCGUCUUCCACCUGUACCACAAGCUGCUUCCAGGUCAGCCCCUCCCGGCUGAGAUGACCCUGGCCCAGCUACUGACCCUCUUAUAUGACCGCAAAUUGCCUCAGGGCUACCGUUCCAUUGACCUGACUGUCAAACUGGGCUCCAAGGUCAUCUCUGACCCUGGACUCUCGAAGACAGACUCUUUCAAGAGGCUACGCACUGAGAAAGAGAUGUCUAAAGGUGCCGUUGCGGAGCCAUGGUGGGGCUGCUGCGCUUCCUAUGCAGUGUCCGAAAUCAACUUUUUGGCUCACCUGCCAAGGGCUGGUAAACAAAUGGAUCAUUGCGACAUGCUGAGCAGUUGCCCCGAGGAUGAACCAAUGACGCCCAGUGAGGAAUGUUUAGAUGCUGCCAUCGAUGAGUCACUGCUUGAGACCAGCCCCAUCCAGUCACCACUGCAGGUCUUUGCUGGCAUGGGCGGCCUAGCCCUCAUCGCAGAGAGGCUGCCCAUGCUCUACCCUGAUGUAAUCCAACAGGUCAGCGCCCCAGUGGUACCCUCUGCCACACAGGAGAAGCCCAAAGACAGCGACCAGUUUGAGUGGGUCACCAUCGAGCAGUCUGGUGAGCUAGUGUACGAAGCCCCAGAGACCAUUGCCGCUGAGCCGCCACCCAUCAACAAGCAGCAGCAGUCUCAGUCCUCGUCAUCAUCCUCUGUGCAGACCAUGUCACCCAUCCCCGCCCACUCGCUGGCAGCCUUUGGCCUUUUCCUGCGCUUGCCAGGCUAUGCAGAGGUGCUAUUGAAGGAGAGGAAGCACGCUCAGUGUCUGCUGCGCCUGGUGCUGGGCGUCACCGACGAUGGAGAGGGCAGUCACAUCCUGCAGUCUCCAUCGGCCAAUGUGUUGCCUACACUGCCUUUCCAUGUCCUGAGGGCGUUGUUCAGCAGCACUCCUCUCACCACCGACGAUGGGGUGCUGCUGCGCCGCAUGGCUCUAGAGAUCGGCGCCAUCCAUCUCAUCCUGGCCUGCCUGUCAGCUCUUAGCCACCACGCACCUCGGGUUCCCAAUGCCAGCACCAGUGCCUCUGAGCCACAGGUAUCCAGUGGUCAUGGUGGAGGGACCAGUGAAGAGCAACAGUUGUACUGGGCCAAGGGAACUGGCUUUGGUACUGGAUCAACAGCUUCUGGCUGGGACGUGGAGCAGGCUCUUACCAAACAACGGCUAGAAGAGGAGCACGUCACCUGCCUACUUCAGGUCCUGGCAAGCUACAUCAACCCAGCAGGCUGUACUGGCAGCCACAGCAGUGAAGCCCCUACAGCAGACAGCAGGACCCAAAACAGUUCAGCCCUGCCAGCGGUGCUACAGGAGCUGCUCAGCCAGUCCUGCCUUAUCCCUGCUAUGUCCUCAUACCUGCGCAACGACUCUGUUCUGGACAUGGCGCGCCACGUGCCCCUAUAUCGGGCACUGCUGGAGCUGUUAAGGGCCAUUUCCACCUGUACUGCCUUGGUUCCUUUGCUGCUACCCCUGUCUGGAGACCCAGGGCAGGACGAGGAAGAGGAGGAAGAAGAACGUUCUGAGGGACAGACCUCUGUGGGAAUGCUACUGGCCAAGAUGAAGACAUGCGUGGACACAUACACCAAUCGCCUCAGGUCAAAGAAAGAUAAGAGUAAAGGCGUUGUAAAGACUGAUAGUUCGGACCCGGAGCCCGAGGGCUUGACUCUACUGGUGCCCGAUAUACAGAGGACAGCUGAAAUAGUCUAUGCUGCUACCACCAGCCUACGGCAGGCCAACCAGGAGAGGAAGCUUGCAGAGACUUCAAAGAAGGUGUCAAGCCGGCCCAAACCCCUAUCCAUCCUACGUUCCCUGGAGGAGAAAUACGUAGCUGCCAUGAAGAAGCUCCAGUUUGACACCUUUGAGAUGGUCUCAGAGGAGGAGGAUGGAAAGCUGGUGUUCAAAGUCAACUACCACUACAUGUCUCAGGUGAAGAAUGCCAGCGAUGCAAACAGCGCUGCCCGAGCCCGCCGCCUUGCCCAGGAGGCUGUCACCCUGUCCACCUCGCUGCCUCUGUCCUCCUCAUCCAGCGUUUUUGUACGUUGUGAUGAGGAGAGGCUGGACAUCAUGAAGGUUCUCAUCACAGGCCCAGCUGACACGCCGUACGCCAAUGGCUGCUUUGAGUUUGAUGUGUACUUUCCCCAGGACUACCCCAACUCACCUCCACUGGUCAACUUGGAGACGACUGGUGGACACAGUGUGCGCUUCAACCCUAACCUCUACAAUGAUGGAAAAGUAUGUUUAAGUAUCCUCAACACUUGGCAUGGGAGGCCAGAGGAGAAAUGGAACCCACAGACCUCAAGCUUUUUACAGGUGCUAGUGUCGGUGCAGUCCCUCAUUCUGGUGGCUGAGCCCUACUUCAAUGAACCAGGGUACGAGCGCUCCCGUGGGACUCCCAGUGGCACCCAGAGCUCCCGCGAGUACGAUGGCAACAUCCGACAGGCCACUGUCAAGUGGGCCAUGCUGGAACAGAUGCGCAACCCCUCACCAUGCUUCAAAGAGGUGAUCCACAAACAUUUCUACCUGAAGCGAGCAGAGAUCAUGUCGCAGUGUGAGGAGUGGAUCGCCGACAUCCAGCAGUACAGCAGCGACAAGAGGGUCGGCCGCACCAUGUCCCAUCAUGCCGCUGCACUAAAGAGACACACGGCCCAGCUCAGAGAGGAGCUUCUGAAGCUGCCGUGCCCCGAGGGCCUCGAGCCGGACGGAGACGAGUUCCCCGAGAAAAGUGCCACCCUCAUAGUCAAGGAGCUGCCCAAUCAGGACGCAGAGAAGCCGAGCAGCAGCCAGGACAGCCACUCCGGCGAGGGCCAGUUAUGAACGCCUGCCCCUCCCUCCUCCGCCUGGCCUUCCUCCCACAGCACCUCCCGCCCCUCCUCCUCCUCACCACGAUUACCAACGUUAUUUGAGACUCAGACUCAAUGGCUUCCAAGCACAAGCCACCGUUUUGUCAAUAUUUGUAUGUAAGAAUCUAAUUGCAUAAUAGCUGAAAUUGAAAAUGGGUGUCGAGGGGGAGGGGAGAGUAAGACAUGAGUGAAAAAGUCACUUACAAACCCAAUGAAAACGAUACGAACUCCAAACUAUGCUACGCCCUAACUGAAAACACAGUCGACAGAAACUUUUAUUUACCUGUACAAGAGUGUAAACAUUUUGUGCUUUUUUUCCAAUUGUGAAAUAACCACUGAUUGGUAUGUUAUUAAACUUGUUUAUGUAUACAUAAUGACAGAGGAAAUCACAGAUUAUAUAAGGGAAACUACCUUUAGAGAAGAAUGUUUACUGAAUGUUAAUUUCCUUUUUUCUUUUUUUUUUUUUCAUUGUUUGUUUUUGACUGUUAGAGCAAGAACAGUUGUAACCAAGGAUAUAUUGGUCAUUCUUUAACAAUGCUAUUUAAAAAAAAAAAAAAGAGAGAGAGAGAGAGAGCGAGAGAGAGAGAGAGAGAAAGAAAAAAGAAAAAACAAAUACUUCAUUGAAUUUGAGGAAAAAACUCUGGUCGCCCAUUGACAUUGCUUCAUUUGAUUUCUAUAGGAUCCUGUACACUUCAAUAAAGGCUGAGAUGGACAUUCUUAAAUGCUAUGAUGUUAUCCCUUUUACAGGCAGAUGAAAAAAAAAACAUGCUAUGAAUGAACUUUUUUUUUUUUUUUUUUGCCUCUCACAAAAUUCUCAAUGCAAGUUUAAUAAAUGCAACCUGUUCUACUUUGCCCAGUUA